AUGAUGGUGUCUCGGGACACAUCGCCCCAGACUUCUAGCUCAGAGCUUCAUGACGCUCCAGAACUUAGCCAACCCUCCUCGGGUUUAAGUCAAGCUCCGGGUUCCACAUUCUCUCCGGCCCCCGGAUUCUCGUCCGACUCCAGCAGCCACCUGGGUUCCGGUCCUAGUUCCGCCUUUAGUCCGACCCAGGCCUUCGAACAGAGUUCACAUUCUCUGUCCGGCCAUGGCCCCGCGCCGGACCAUUUACGCAAACCAGUACGCAUCCUCGCGUGCGUCCUGUGCCAGAAUCGCAAGAUCAAGUGCGACAGGAGAUUCCCAUGCUCCAACUGCACCAAGUCCGGCACAAAAUGUGUCCCCAGCACCCCAGCGCCGGCCCGCAAGAGGCGCCGGCCCAACCAAGACCUUCAGGAGAGACUUGCGCGCUGCGAGGAGAUGAUCAGAAUGUCAAUUGCGGAGAAGGAGGCCGAUAAACAGCGAGUUGGCCAACCCCCCUCAGGCGAGGAACAACAUUGGUUACCCACGGGGAAGUUGUUCAACGAAGAUGGGAACGUCCGCUUCAUCGACAGCCCGGUAUUAGGGGUUAUCUACGACCAACUCCGAACCAUGAGGCAGAUGGUCGCUGAUGACUCCUAUUCCGAGACCAGCCCGGGGAGCAUGACCCCCGACGAUAAUUCGGACAUGUUGCUCGGUGGAGACGUUCCUACGACGAAUGUGGCCGACCUACGGCCAGCUCCCGCUCACGCAGCCGCCUUAUGGCAGAUUUACCUCGAUAGGGUAAACCCGUUAACCAAGAUCAUCCAUGUCCCAUCUGUACAGCCCUUUAUCGAUGAGGUAACCGCGGGCCGGGCCCACAACCUCGCGAAAAACGUGGAGGCGCUUCUAUUCUCCAUUUAUUUGAUGGCCGUUGUGUCGAUGACACCAGAUGAAUGCAAAGAAGGCUUGGGAGUAGCGAGAGAGGAAGCACUUCAAAGGUUUUCUACGGGUGUGCGGUUAAUCCUGCUCCGCAUAGGCUUUCUCCGGGUCCAGGAUAUGACCACCUUACGAGCUCUUGUUAUUUACCUUAUAUCCCUCCAAGGCCGAUAUGACCAACAUGCCGUAUGGGUCUUGAAUGCCAUCGCGGUCCGCAUCGCCCAGAAAAUGGGCCUCCACCGAGACGGCGAGGCUCUUGGGGUCUCGCCUUUUGAGUGCGAGAUGCGCAGACGCCUGUGGUGGCAGAUUAUCAUGGUCGAUAUAAAAUACGCCAUGUUUUCUGGCCUCAGCCACGGCUUGUUGACCACGAACUGGACCACCAAGUCGCCAUCCAACAUCAACGACGAAGACAUAUACCCUUCCAUGAAAACGCCGGUCCGAGACCGCGAAGGGCCGACCGAGAUGAUUUUCUGUUUAAUCACAUACAAGCUCGCCAAGUUCAUGACCGACACACCCGGUUUUGAGGUUAUGGUACUGAUCCCUGAAGACGACUCCACGCCUGGCGCCAAUUCGACGAUCACGGAAGAACAGCAGGAGAAAUACCGCCAAGGGAUCGCCCGUCUUCGUGAAGAAAUGAUCGAAGUCUUCGACAAGUACUGCGACCCUAAUGCGGGCCCAACCCACCAAAUCGCCCUCAACAUGAAGACACAUCUUGUCGCGAAGCUCGAAGAACUGAUGAUACCCCUGAAGAACCAAGAAGAAUGGGGUGGCGAAGUCAAAUCGAACGAAGACAACAUGUUCAAAAUCGCCAUCAGCCAACUCGAACACAACGCCGUCAACUACACCUCCACAAUGGGCAAGGGAUUCGCCUGGUUUUCGCUCCUCCACUUCCAGGUUGACAUGUUCAUGUACGUCGCCGGUCAGCUGUGCACUCGAUCCAGCGGCACACUAGUCGAGCGCGCGUGGGCUCAGGUCGCGGUGGUCUACACGUUUCAUCCCGAACUCUUCGACCUAACUAACAAGAACUUCAUGGCAAUCGCUAUUUAUAUCAUCCGUGCCUGGGAGACUCGCCAGCGGCUGAUCCUCGAAAACACUGGUCAAUCCCCCGAAAUUCCAUUCUACGUCGAGAAACUGCGCGCCUGCAUCGCUGAUGCCAGCGAUGUGACCAAGCCAGAGCCGGAAGAGCUAAUGGCGCCCAACACCUAUUCGCUCGGGUUUAAUAGCGAAGGUUCUCUACCCCUACCUCUACAUCCGGGUGACUCGCUCGCGCAAUUCUUGGAGUACCCCCUUGGUGGUGGUGGUGUUGCUGGUACGCCGGGGACAACGGAGUGGGAUAUACUCUCGGCGCAGGGCGGGCAAGGGCCGUCUGUACCGCUGGCGUCGCUCUUUGGGGCUCAGGGGAUGUUUCCGGAGUGGUGA